AUGACCAACCAAGAAGAGAGAGAGAGAAAGAUAGAGAUUCCAAUCGCACCCCCCUUUUUUAGCUCACAUACUGCUUGGACUACACCCCCCACGACCGCCCCACCCACGCCUCAACCUUCAACCACCCCCGGCCUUCCCUCGCCUUCGCCUUCGCCUUCGCCCACGCAGGUUUCUCGCUCCCGUCUUUCAUUCAUGUUCGCCCCCCCCCCCCCCCCCCCCCCCUUCGAACACACACACACACACACACCUGCUGCUCACCGACCUCACCACGCCCGUCCUCUCUCACUAGCAUUUACACACACCCCUCUCGUCUCUUCCUCUACCCUGGUCUCUUGGCCUUUUUUCGCCGAUGUCUGCACCUACAGGGAUACUCCUGACCAUCAGUCCAGUCCAGUCCAGUCCGCGCUCGCUCGCUCGCUCACUCACUCACCCAUCGGUCCCAUCCACACACCCGGCCAGAUCCUGGUCCUGGUCGUGCUUGGGCGUGGUGGUGGUGGUGGUGGUGGUGCCGGGACCAGGACUGAACGGCCCUGGUAG